GGGUGCUCUGCGGUUUGGGUUUUCAUGUUAGGGGAAGAAUGAAAACAGCAUGUCUGAGCGGGAAAGCAGGCGUUCUCUCCUCCUCCUCCCCCUCCUCCUCUCUCCUCUCCUGCAUGCAGAUGGAGCAGCUCGUGACAGAGGAAGCGUGGAUGAACCCACAGCUCUGACUUCAGCUGGACUCCGGCCCACGGAGGCUGCGGGUUUUCUGAGUUUUCUGCGGGAUCAAACAAGCGACGCGCGCCUCCAACUUCCCCGUGCGUGUCAUCCUGGAGGAGCGCGUGACAUUCUUCCGCGGCGCGUGCGUCCGUGGCCACAUCUGUGACGCAUUUGCAGGCGCAGAAGCAGCGGCGGAUUUUCUGGAGUGUCCGGCUGCCCGACAAGUUCCCGCGCUGUUUGGCAUGCCGGUCACGCGCUCCCGGUCCACUCGCUCGGCUCUGCGUGGCUCAGAAGAAGUUCCUCGGAGCGCAGCGCAGAGGAGCGGCAGCGGAAGUGACCGCGGCUGAAUUUCCCGCCGGCAUCCGCAGCCUCUGACCGCCGCUCCUCCCGGAUCUCCUCCGUCAUUGAAAUUCCGCUCCUGAGCGCGCAGCGGCGGAAACUUGGCGGGAGCUCCCGACAUUUCGCGCUGCGCCCGGAUGGAUGUGCAGCUCGCGAGGGGGCUGUGAGGCGCGAAGAGGGACACUGCAGCCCCCGACCAGUUAGAAAAGCGACAUGGAUUCUUCCAGUACGCGCUGGAUUAAGCAGCUGCUGGACAUCUGAAGGGCGCGAGAGUUGAAAGUUUGGAUAAUCUGCGGGCGGAAGGAUGCAGGCGGGAGCCAAGACGCUCUCCGCAGGUGGAGGUGCGUCACUCUGCUGCCUGCUUCUCCUCUGGCUCAUCUACUCCCAUCUGCUCAGAGAGGGCCAGUUGGCGGUGGGGACCUGCGAGAUAGUGAUGCUGAACAGAGACAGCAGUGUUCCCAGACGGACCAUCGCCCGGCAGACGGCCCGCUGCGCCUGCCGGAGAGGCCAGAUCGCAGGCACCACCAGGGCCAGGCCCGCCUGCGUGGACGCUCGAGUCGUGCGGAGCCGCCAGUGGUGUGAGAUGGCGCCCUGCCUGGAGGGGGAGGUCUGCAGCCUUCUGUUCAACAGAUCCGGCUGGACCUGCACCAGGGGCAGCGGCCGCAUCAAGACCGUCACGCCUUUGCCCAAGGAGCCGUCGUAGGACGCCGAGGAGGAGAAGCAGGUUCACUGACAUCUCUGUUAGAAACCGAGGCUGGUCCAGCACCUGAACAUUCAUCCACGAGGCUCCAACCUUCACAUUUGGCCCCAACAUCCGUAAGAAAACAGACUCCAAGUAAAAUAAACCACUAGAUCCACCAGCGACGGUCCCUCCCCCUGUGAUCAGCACUCAUCGUGGACUCAUGACCACGGAGCAGCUUUCAGAGGCCGGCGGUGGACAGAGAUUCUAGUGUUGGUGUUUUUCUUUCCUUUUUUGUCAGCCACUGGUCUCUGAGGGAUGGUGACUCUGCUGAGGCGUUUUUGGUACGUUAGUGACGUCAGUCAGACUCAAAGUCUCUCAAACGUUCCUCCCUUUCAUCUUCUUCAUCAUCAGCGCUCUGAAAGCAUCUCGGUUUCUUCAGCUGCUAAAGACUUGACUGAGGUUGAUCCGGAACACACUCUCCAUCGUCCUUGUCUUCUGAAAGUGGCUGAAGCCUGACAGCCACAGAGCGCCCCCCCCCACACCUGAACGCAUCAGAAGGAAGAUCCUUCAGCAAACCCGGAUGGUGAGACCCGGACUUUUCAGAGGAUUCUGUUUUAUCGCUGAGUCUAGAUGAGUCAUUUCUGCCAAUGAACCUGGCACCACCGAGAGAACAACCCCCCCUGCUCAUUGUAGUGUUUUUGUGUGUGUGUGUGUGUGUGUGUGCAUCCAGAAAGACACUGUGAAUUUAGUCAUUGCAUUAUUCAUACUUGUGUAUAUUUUUGGGACACACUCAGACCAGAGCAUUUUGGGAUUUUACAGAUCUUUGCAUUUAUGAGUUUUUAUCCUUAAUUUUGCUUUUUCCCUCUUCUUUCAACAUUUGGAGAUAUUUAUAAUGUGGGGAAAUACUAUGGAAACGGGGAAGGUCAUCGUCUGUUCUGUAAAUUAAAUUCUGUAAUUAAAGUUCAGUCGUGUGGUUAAACGUA